AUGGAUUUGAACGGAGAUGCAGGCGCGAAACGCAAGCGCAGCUCCAUCGUGCCCGCCGAGCGUCCAGCCAAACAUCUCAAGCCCGAGAGCUCUGCGUUAACCCCCGGAGAUUCCACUCCGGCCAAUGGGACCGUCUACGAUAUCGAGGAUGAGGAUGAUGCGAGCCGUCUACUGCCCAUUGGGCCCGCCCAGGCUGAUUCGCCGGAGUGGCAAGCUACUAUCGAGGAGGUUGUGAAAAGCGUGGUUUCCAUUCACUUCUGUCAAACAUGUUCUUUUGAUACAGAAUUAUCGAUGAGUAGUCAGGCUACCGGUUUUGUAGUCGAUGCUGAGAGGGGUUAUAUCUUGACUAAUCGACAUGUGGUCUGCCCCGGUCCCUUUUGGGGUUAUUGUAUCUUUGACAAUCAUGAGGAAUGCGAUGUCCGUCCCGUGUAUCGAGACCCUGUACACGAUUUUGGUAUCCUUAAAUUCGACCCGAAAGCCAUCCGAUAUAUGAAUCUAACGGAGCUCAAGCUUCAACCCGACGCUGCACGAGUUGGUUCGGAGAUCCGGGUCGUUGGUAACGAUGCAGGAGAAAAACUGAGUAUCUUGUCGGGCGUCAUCAGUCGACUGGAUAGAAAUGCGCCAGAAUACGGCGAAGGCUACAGCGACUUCAAUACAAACUAUAUCCAGGCCGCUGCAGCUGCUAGCGGCGGUAGUUCUGGCAGUCCGGUCGUGAAUAUCGACGGUCAUGCGAUUGCGCUGCAAGCCGGUGGCCGUGCAGACGGGGCUGCAACCGACUAUUUCCUUCCAUUGGAUCGUCCGCUGCGUGCGUUGGAAUGCAUACGUCGGGGCGAGCCUGUCACUAGAGGUACCAUCCAGACCCAGUGGAUUCUAAAACCUUUUGACGAGUGUCGCCGUUUGGGCCUGACACCAGAGUGGGAAGCCACCGUGCGCAAAGCGGCCCCCACGGAGACCAGCAUGCUAGUGGCAGAAAUCAUCUUGCCUGAGGGUCCCGCCGAUGGAAAACUAGAGGAGGGGGACGUGCUCCUGCAGGUCAAUGGUGAACUUCUGACACAGUUUAUCCGGUUGGACGAUAUCCUAGAUUCGAGCGUUGGGCAGACAGUGCGUCUGCUCGUGCAAAGAGGCGGUCAAGAUGUGGAGAUCGAAUGCCAAGUGGGCGACCUGCAUGCCAUCACGCCUGAUCGCUUCGUGACCGUGGCCGGCGGCACGUUCCAUGACUUAUCCUAUCAACAAUCGCGACUGUACGCUAUUGCCACACGCGGCGUAUACGUCUGCGAAGCAGCUGGUUCCUUCAAGCUGGAAAACACUCUUUCCGGAUGGCUCAUCGAUUCCGUGGACAAACGGCCGACGCGAAACCUGGAUGAGUUUGUGGAAGUGAUGAAGACCAUCCCCGACCGCUCGCGAGUGGUCAUCUCUUAUCGACAUAUCCGGGACCUCCACACGCGGGGCACCAGUAUCGUCUACAUCGACCGCCAUUGGCACCCCAAGAUGCGAUUGGCGGUGCGCAAUGACGAGACCGGUCUUUGGGACUUCUCCGAUCUAGCGGAUGCCCUCCCGGCCCUUCCCCCCGUGCCCAGAAAGGCCGACUUCAUCCAACUGGAUGGCGUGAGUCAGCCUGCAGCCUCGGAGAUAGUGCGCAGCUUUGUGCGUGUGUCCUGCACCAUGCCCUUGAAGCUGGACGGCUACCCCCAGGCCAAGAAGACUGGAUUUGGGCUCGUCGUGGAUGCGGAAAAGGGGUUGGUUGUCGUAUCGCGAGCCAUUGUCCCGUACGACCUCUGCGAUAUCAAUAUUACCGUGGCCGAUUCGAUCAUUGUUAAUGCCAAGGUCGUAUUUUUGCAUCCACUGCAGAACUACACCAUCAUUCAGUAUGAUCCCAGUCUGGUGCAGGCCCCCGUGCAGAGCGCCAAGCUCAGUACGGAAUACAUCAAGCAGGGCCAAGACACCAUUUUCGUUGGGUUCAACCAGAAUUUCCGCAUUGUGGUGGCCAAGACAGCUGUCACCGACAUCACGACCGUGUCAAUCCCAGCAAAUGCGUCUGCUCCACGAUACCGGGCCAUCAACCUGGAUGCCGUCACUGUGGACACUGGCCUGAGUGGACAGUGCUCCAAUGGCGUUCUGAUUGGUGAAGACGGAGUCGUUCAGGCAUUAUGGUUGAAUUAUCUGGGAGAGCGCACCCCCAGCUCGCAUAAGGAUGUGGAAUAUCACCUCGGAUUCGCGACCCCGUCGCUGCUGCCGGUCGUGUCCAAGAUCCAGCAGGGCGUGAUGCCCGAGCUGCGGAUCCUGAACAUGGAGAGCUACGUGGUCCAGAUGAGCCAGGCCCGCAUCAUGGGUGUGUCAGAGGAAUGGAUCGAGAAGGUGACGCAGGCCAAUCCAUCGCGACACCAGCUGUUCAUGGUGCGCAAAGUCGACUGCCCGCCUGCUGGUUUCGACAACAUGGCCGACACCUUCCAGGAGGGCGAUAUCCUCCUCACUUUAGAUGGUCAGCUGAUCACGCGCGUUUCCGAACUCGAUGUGAUGUACGACAAGGAGUUCCUGGAGGCCCUGAUCGUCCGGAAUGGACAAGAAAUGCGCAUCCAGGUGCCCACCGUACCGACGGCGGACCUUGAAACCGACCGGGCGGUUGUCUUCUGCGGUGCCGUUUUGCAGAAGCCGCACCACGCUGUCCGCCAGCAGAUCUCCAAGCUGCACAGCGAGAUUUACGUGAGCGCAAGGAGUCGUGGCUCUCCUUCGUAUCAGUACGGCCUUUCUCCGACCAACUUCAUCACUGCAGUCAACGGAGUGCCGACCCCGGAUCUUGACCGUUUCGUGAAGGAAGUGAGCAAGAUCCCUGACAACACGUAUUUCCGACUGCGGGCGGUUACAUUCGACAAUGUUCCCUGGGUGGUGACUAUGAAGAAGAACGAUCACUAUUUCCCGAUGUCUGAGUAUCUCAAGGACCCCUCUCAGCCGUGCGGCUGGAGGACGGUUUCUCACAAUAAAUCCAAACACAAGGACGGCAUUGCGCCGGACGCGGCCAAUCUCAACCCGGACGCCAUGGAACAGGGGUAUGACGGGGCCAGCGAUAUUGAACCGGAGGCGGAGUAA